ACGACUCUCAGAGGAACAGAAAACGUACGAGGCGUAUCUUGAGUCGGCUGCAGGAAUCUCACCCGAGGAGACGGAGCGAUGACGCUCGAUGGAGGGACUCUACCAUCUCAAACAGGCAAGCGCUGAGGCCGUUACUAUGGCGCGAGGAGAGCGCACCCGGCAACAGGAAAACGUGAUAGAGGAGAGAAGGCUGGGUCAACUUCUUUUGGAGUCGGCCGAGUCUGAAAAGCCAAAAGGUCGGACGGGGUCAGACUUGGAGGGCAGCACUAUCUCCACGCGUUACAGCAGGAGGCGCAUCACUAUUCAGCAACUCGAAAAGCAGCAGCAGGAAGUGUUACAGCAAGUAAAGGAGCAGCGCGACUUGAUGGCACAGCAGGUCGCACUGCAAAAAGAUGUUGACUAUCGCAAACAACAAGCCCUGCGAGGGGAGGAGAGGGAGGCCGCCAAGAAGGCGCGACAGGAGCAGAGAGACUUGGAGAAAGAGGAGCGGUUGCGGGACUGGGAACGCGAGAAGCAGCGGAAGGCUGAAGCAAUGGAACAGGAGCGACAAAGUCGGCGAGGUGAUACCGAUGAGCGGCACCAUAAGGAGGUCUUGGAUAUCAUUAGACAGCAAUCAAUGACCAUUCAGCUUCUCGCCCAGGUCAUCCUGAAUAUGCAACAAAAGUCAUGAAGCACUAUCGCCAGAAAAAUGAAAUCAUGUUUUAUUAUUGGCUGAGGCACUCGGCUGCAGUGAAGUUGUCCAUUAUAAAGCGUCUACUAGUCUGGGACCCAUGGUAACAAGUGUGAAGGUUUCGUCCACUUGGCGACCACACGUUGCUUGGCCAUCAUCCGGUUAAAGGCGCACUGCUGAGGA